AUGUUCAACGCCUUAAACCGUUACCUCUCGCGCCUCGACGGCGACGCGCGGCCGCAGAGGAAAGACGGCCACGGAUACGGCUUCCAAGUGCUGCGCAACACGAACCUCGAGCUAGGCAUCGAGCCUUGGUUUGACUUUAUCGUUGGGAUCAACGGCCGUGUAAUUGAUAACCCCGACCCCCGACUCUUCGCCCAAGAAAUCCGCAACUGCGCCGGCAGCAGCGUCGCCCUCGGGCUCUGGAGCGCCAAGGGCCAGCGCACGCGAGUCCUACACGUCCCCGUCCCAGCCGACACGCGAUCGCUCGGCCUCUCGCUGCAAUGGACGCCGCUCGACGUCGCUUCGAACGUCUGGCACGUGCUAGACGUAGCUUCGAACUCGCCCGCCGACCACGCCGGCUUGCUGCCGUAUAGCGAUUACAUAUUAGGUACUCCAGACGGUGUGCUGCACGGAGAGGGCGGGCUGGGCGAGCUGGUAGACGACUAUGUGGGCCGCCCGCUGCGGCUGUGGGUGUAUAAUAACGAGUACAAUGUCACGCGCGAGGUCGAGAUCGUGCCGAGCCGCGAGUGGGGUGGUGAGGGCGCCCUGGGUUGUGUUCUAGGAUACGGCGCGCUGCAUCGUCUUCCUGCGCCGUUGAGUGAGCCUGUCAAUGCGCCGGGCGAGACUAUGUUCGAUGGCGAUAACAGCGGUGGUGCAAGCGCCAAUGUUGGUGCCGGCGCAGACCAAUUCACGACAUUAGCUCCGCCAAGCGAUACAGCUAAUGCGUUCGUCCCGGCAGCAUCGCCAGAUUUCCUUGUCCCCGCGCAACUAGUUAGCAGUACCCCUCCACCAGCAGGUGGUGCGCCGCCGCGCAGUAAGAAAAAAGAGAGGCACACCAAUGCUCCGAAGAGGUUGAUGGACGACUACUUUGCGGAAGAAGAGAAGAAGAGCAGGGAGCUGGAUCGAAACAUUUCUACAAGCAAGACACCACCGCCGCCGCCUCCUAAAGCCGUUAGUGCUCCCCCGAGAGCGCCGCCAAAGGCCGAGGAGCCGAAAGCUAGCAGCGGGGAUGAUGAUGUCGACUAG